GUCCACAGAGCCCCACUGCACCAUGAAACUCACCGUCGCCUUCAUGGUGCUCUGCGGGGCCCUGCUCAGUGACUCCGCUGCCGCUUUCUUCCUGGACUCUGUGGUUAAGCCUGUGGCCCAACCUGUGGCUGCCCUCAACUCUGCUGCAGAAGCCGUGGUCAGUGCCCCUCUCAACCACUUCAACCCCCUGAAGCUCAUGCUGACCAGCCUGGGGAUCCCAGUGGAGCACCUAAUAACGGGCUCCCAGAAGUGUAUAGCAGAGCUGGGCCCCGAGGCCAUGGGAGCCCUGAAGAUACUACUGAGGGCCCUGACAUUCUUUGGCUGAGCAGAGGCUAGAGAAGCCUUGCCUGAGGACCAGAUGUUGCCCACCAUGAGGGCUGGGAACCCUUCCACCCGCCAGAAUGUCCUG